AUGUCUGACGAUGAUGACUUUAUGCAAGAAUCUGACCCAGAGCAAUAUGACUUUGAAUACGAGGACGAUGAUGACCUGGGCGGCGACGACGCCUCCGUCGACAUCGAAAACAAAUACUACAACGCCAAACAACUCAAAGCCGACAACCCGGCCGAGGCGAUUGAAGAGUUCCUCGGUGUGCCCGCCCUAGAAGAGGAAAAAGGUGAAUGGGGAUUCAAGGGCCUCAAACAAGCGAUCAAGUUGGAAUUCGCGCUGGGGAGAUACGACGACGCGGUGCAACAUUACAAAGAGCUGUUGACGUAUGUAAGGUCCGCGGUGACGAGGAACUACUCUGAAAAAUCCAUCAACAAUAUGCUCGACUACAUUGAAAAGGUGGCCGGUCAGCCUGCCGCAGGCGGAGGCUCAGGUGCACGUGCGAGCAAGGGCGACAAGGAGACAACGGCGUACAAGUCCAUGGAAGAGUUUUACCGCUUGACGCUUGAUACUUUCCAGAGCACAAACAACGAGAGACUGGCCCUCAAGACGAAUCUGAAAUUGGCCAAGUUGUAUCUCGACAAAAGAGACUACAGUCAGCUGAGCAACAAGGUCAGAGAGAUCCACCAGGCGUGCCAGAGGGAAGAUGGCACAGAUGAUCCGGGUAAAGGGACGUAUUCGCUCGAGGCAUAUGCGCUCGAGAUCCAGAUGUACGCAGAGAUGAAGAACAACAAGCGUCUCAAGUCUCUGUACCAGAAGGCUCUCACCGUUCGGUCUGCGGUGCCACAUCCCAAGGUCCAAGGUAUCAUCCGAGAAUGCGGUGGGAAGAUGCACAUGAGCGAAGAAAAUUGGAAGGAGGCGCAAAGCGACUUCUUCGAGUCAUUCAAGAACUACGAUGAAGCGGGGUCCAUGCAGAGGAUCCAGGUCCUGAAAUACCUUGUGCUUACAACAAUGUUGAUGAAGUCGACCAUCAACCCCUUUGACUCACAGGAGACGAAACCUUACAAGAACGAUCCUCGCAUUUCGGCAAUGACAGACCUGGUGGACGCCUAUCAGUGCGACGACAUUCACCGCUACGAAUCCAUCCUCAAGGAGAACCAGGAUCUGCUGGCCGAUCCGUUCAUUGCCGAGAAUAUCGACGAAGUCAGCCGGAACAUGCGUACAAAGGCCGUCCUGAAGCUGAUUGCACCGUACAGCCGCUUCACGCUCCAAUUUAUCUCAAAGCAUAUCAAGAUCCCCGUCAGCGAGGUCCAAGAUAUUCUAGCCGUCUUGAUUGUGGACAAGAAACUGCAAGCGAAGAUCAAUCAGGAAAAUGGAACCGUUUUAGUGGAAGAUGCUCAUGCGGGUGACACGCAGCACUUGAACCAGCUUCAUGAUUGGACCUCGGCUGUUGAAAACUUGUGGUCGGCGUUGUUCAGCGAGGGCGAUGGGUUCAAGCUCGAAGACGCCCAGGGCGGUGCCUCAUUCUCAGGCGUGAAUUUAAUGGGCUUCGAAGCGGGCGGGCCGAUCCCAAGCCGGGGACCUGGGCGUCGGGGUGGUGGACGCGGUCGGGGAGGCGGGAAGCUAGCUGCUCCAAUAUGA